AUGUGUUGCUUUGUCUAUGAUGAUCUCAGUUGGAGUAUUUUGGGAGUGGAUUGGGAUGAGAUUGAAAUGAGCCGUAUAAAUGAACAAACUAGUAAUACCUCAACAAUUACUAUAGUCGAAGAAUCUAUCGAUCCAACAAUUGCGGUACAACAACUUACUCUCUCUCCAGACCUGGCACGUGAACCACGUGUGCGCUGGUCUACAGAUACGAUAGAUAAUGAAUUUUUGGAUAGGCAUAAGUCGAAAUGUUGCUGCAUUUACAAGAAGUCGAAGAAAUGGGAUGAAAGUUCUGAUAGCGACAGUGAUUCUGAUUGUGAAACAGAUCACUGUCGGGGACAUGUUGAAAAACGUUUUCGUCCAUUAGGCGGCGGUGAUGGAGGCGAAUCCAAUCCUUCAUGCCCUGCUUGA